UCAAGAUGAACGAGAGUGAGUUGAGGAAACUGCUGCAGACGAAGAAUGGGUGCAGAGUCCCCGUCAUGCGGCCACCGCCCAACGUCCAUGCCAUGGACAAAUUGCCUUUUGUGCCAUUACCACCUUAUAACCGCAUCAAGGAAAAGCGAGCUCAAUUUCACAAGGUCCUGAAGGAGAAGGCUACCGAAAGGAAGGUGCAAAUAGCGCGGCCGCCACUUCCUCGGCGCGAGCGAGAUCGGCUCGAGAUCUCUCAAUCCCGGCACAUCGCCGUACUCCGAGAGUGUGCCGAGAAGAUACAGCCGCCCCCCAUGCUGCUCUCCUGGGAAACCAAGAUACGUAGCCUAGUGCCUCUUAAACAGAGACAAGCCUAUCCACAGGUCAUGGAAGAACUGAUAGAAGAAAGCAAGAGCGCCUGGAACCGCAACCUCCACGAGCUCGCAGUCAAGACCGUCAUCCGCGACGUCCCCGGCGUCUCUCGUAAGCGGUACCAAGAACCGUACUUCAAAUUCAAUGGUGUCACUGCCAAUUACGAAAAAAUGCUCAAAUACAGAAAGAAACUCAAAGAUGGAUCCCUUCUCCUACAUCCGUUCAUCAGGUUAGUUUUAGAGUCGUCUGAGAAAACUUUCCCGGCAGCAAUAAUAGAUUUAGCUAAAUACCGGGCUAAAGGGCCCAUGGAUUUAGACGUAUUUCAAGCAAAAAUAUUAGAACAAAUAAAGAAGGCUGACUACCUAGUAUCGAGCACAUGGUAUGCCAUCCUUGUCAACUGGCUUAAAAAUCCUCGAUGCCUAAAGGGCCUACGACCGAAAAAGAUUCCAGAUUUUGUGAUAUGCGCAACAAAAAUGAUAUCAAUGCAAAUACAAGAACUUAUGCGUAGAUCCAUCGAUGCUAUUAUAGAUUCACUAAAAGAUCCUGAGACUGUUCCUAUACUUAACAUAGCAUUAGAUUUUGACGGUGAAUUCUUUUUCGAUCCUACACUAGAAACGGUUUAUGAAGUUUACCAUAACAUUGCAAAUGCAAUAUCGAACAUAUCGCAAAGACUGAUGCCUAUAGAGCAAUACCUUAGAAUUCCUUAUAGCUAUGAUGCUUUACCCGUGCACUACAACGAAUGGCUACACCAAGAUGGUCAUAAAAGGCUUCAGGAACAACUCGAUAUAGUGUUUCAACCCCUUCUAGAUUACACCGCAAAAUUAAGACGCGAGUAUGAUAUGCUUUACGGCGCUCCAGCUAAAGAAGCACUUCAGAAAUUUAUAUCAGAAAACGAUGAAUUUGAAGUUGGCCGUGACAAAAUAAAGUACUUCCAGUCAAUAGAUUCGGAAAUAACCGCUGUUUUGGAAAAUGAAUAUUUUAAUUGUGCAGUCGUGUGUCAAUUAAGAAUGGUUGAUGGUUUGAAACGCAAGGCAUUAGAAUUCGUAAAUGAUAUAAUAGGCGGUAUAGUAAAAAAGCAUAUAGAAGAAAAUGACAGCAUUUGUUCAGAAUUUGAAAUAAUAGCCGCAAAGGCAUUAAAAGAACCAGAAAAUGCUGCAGAAUUAAUAGAACAAGGGGUUUACAUUUUACACGCAAAAACGGUUUUAGUUGAAGCUUUAAAAGAAAGGAUAAUGGCCCAAAUCAACAUUAUUUCAAAUCUUUUAGAAAUGACUUCACUGACUCCAGAACAUGUAAAAUCAAAUACACGAACAGUUAACUGGCUCAAAGACAUAAAACCGAUUUUUGAUAAAAACGCUGCUGCUUAUGAAACAUUUAAGGCCGAAAUGGAAGAGAAUCUAUUGUCAAAAAUCGCAUUCCUAAAUAGGGAAGUAAUAGAAAUGACACCUUACCUUGAAUUACUAGAUAACAUGGAUGAUAUUGAAAAUACUUUAGAGUAUUUAGAAUACUUAAGGAAACUUGUACACAGACUAGAUGAUUGUGAUAAAAUUGUAGCAUGGAUUAACAAUGAAGAAGUUACGUUUAAAUUUCCUGUUACUGCAUACCCUGACCUAGAGGAGUUAAAAGAUUUUGUCUUGCCAUUUUAUAGUCUUGUGCAUUUAGUUCACCGCUGGAAACGCAGUUAUUAUACUUGGAUGGAUGGACCCUUUGAGUACAUGGAUCAUGAAAAAAUAGAACAAGAUCAUGAUUUCUACUAUAAAGAGUUCCUAAAGCUAGGUAAAAACUAUAAAGCUAAAAUAAAACAACAAAUUGCAGAAGGUGUAGAGAAACGUUUUCAGGGGUUGGUAGAUGACCCAGAUGUUAAUAAUUUUCCUGCACCGAUGAAGUUAUGUGCUCAAGCUACAGUAGAAAUAAAGAAUUGGCGACCGAAUGUACAGAUGGCUCACAUUAUGUGUAAUCCGGCAUUAGUUCAAAGACAUUGGGACGAAAUGUCUACAAUAGCUGGCUUUGAUUUAACCCCCACCGCAGGUACAACUUUACGGAAGAUUAUUAAUUUUGAUUUAUGGGAUGAAAUAGAUCAAUAUGAAAUUAUAAGUGUGGCUGCUACUAAAGAACUGGCUUUGAUAACAAAUUUAAAUAAAAUGAUUGCCGAGUGGACUGAUAUAUGUUUCAAGACAAGCCCGUAUAAAGAUACUGGCAUUUUUAUACUUUCGGGUCUUGAUGACAUUCAGAGCGUAUUAGAUGAUCACAUAGUAAAAACGAUUGGUAUGCGAGGAUCUGCAUUUGUUAAACCAUUUGAAACUCAAGUAAGAGCCUGGUAUGAGAAAAUAAUAAGAGUUAAUGCUACGAUUGAUGAAUGGGGUAAAGUACAAAGCCAAUGGCUUUAUUUGCUACCUAUAUUUUCUUCAAAAGAUAUUGUAGCUCAAAUGCCUGAGGAAGGAGUGAUGUUUGUCGAAGUUAAUAAUAUUUAUCGCCGGUACAUGGGUUCUGUGGAGAAAGAUCCUCAUGCACUCGAGAUAGCUGGUGGAGCUGGAGUUUUAGAGUCGUUUAAAAUAGCUUCGGCUAUGUUAGAAAAGAUAAACGAUGGUGUGAAUAAUUAUUUGGAGAAGAAAAGAUUGUACUUUCCAAGAUUCUUCUUUCUUUCGAACGACGAAAUGCUGGAAAUAUUGUCGGAGACUAAAAAUCCUCUAAAAGUGCAGCCUCACUUGAAAAAAUGUUUUGAAGGCAUUAACCGUCUAGUAUUUGACGUAGAGUUUAAUAUAUCUGCAAUGAUAUCGAUGGAGGGAGAACAAGUCGAAUUCUUGGAAAUAAUAAGUGUCGCUGCAGCUCGAGGUUCAGUUGAGAAAUGGCUUGUACAGGUAGAAGAGCAAAUGUUAGCAGCUGUUAAAUCAGAAACAGAAUUAUCUUAUUAUGAUUAUCCAAAUUUGGGGCGAGCAGAAUGGAUAUUGCAAUGGGAAGGCAUGGUUGUUUUAGGUGUGUCUCAAAUAUAUUGGGCAGUAGACGUUCAUGAAGCUUUGCAUACCCACAAAUUGAGCGAACUUCAAGCGUUCCAUGUUAGUUUGACUAAACAGUUGAAUGAGACUGUGGCAAUCAUUCGGCGUACCGAUUUAACUAAACUAAGCAGUAUUACUGUCAAAGCACUUAUUGUAAUAGAUGUGCAUGCAAAAGAUGUUAUAUUUGAACUAGUAGGGAAAAAUGUGACUGAAGUGACAGACUUUCAGUGGCUUGCACAGUUACGUUAUUAUUGGGAAGAAGAAAGGGUAUUUGUGAAAAUAAUUAAUGCUGUCGUAAAUUACGCUUAUGAAUAUUUAGGUAAUUCUGAUAGAUUAGUGAUCACGCCCUUGACGGACCGUUGUUACCGUACCCUAAUAGGGGCCUAUUAUCUUCAUCUGAAUGGCGCCCCAGAAGGACCUGCAGGAACUGGCAAAACUGAAACCACUAAAGAUUUGGCCAAAGCUCUUGCUGUUCAAUGCGUUGUAUUUAAUUGUUCAGAUGGAUUAGACUACAAAGCUAUGGGCAAGUUUUUCAAAGGUUUAGCGUCUUGUGGCGCUUGGGUUUGUUUUGACGAAUUCAAUAGAAUUGAAGUUGAAGUAUUGUCUGUAAUAGCUCAACAAAUUUUAUGCAUAGUACAGGCGGUUAGACAACAUUUGGAAACUUUUGAUUUCGAAGGCACAAUUUUGACAUUGAAUCCUGCUUGUUACGUAUGUAUAACGAUGAAUCCUGGAUACGCAGGGCGAUCCGAAUUACCUGAUAAUUUAAAGGUGUUAUUCCGAACCGUAGCCAUGAUGGUUCCAGAUUAUGCUAUGAUUGGUGAAAUUUCUUUAUAUUCAUUUGGUUUUAUAGACGCUCGUAAUUUAUCUAUAAAAAUCGUCACAACCUAUCGGCUUUGUUCAGAACAACUUUCAUCUCAAAAUCAUUAUGACUAUGGUAUGCGGGCAGUAAAAACCGUCCUUUCAGCUGCUGGUAAUUUAAAAAGAAGUUUUCCUAAUGAAAGCGAAAGUAUAUUAUUACUUAGAUCCAUCACUGACGUAAAUCUACCUAAGUUUUUGUCUUUUGAUGUCCCACUAUUCGAAGGUAUUAUAUCAGAUUUAUUUCCUGGAAUUUCUUUACCAAAACCAGAUUAUGAUAAUUUUUUAACAGCUUGUAGGGAUUGUUGUGAAAUAAAUAAUUUACAGCCAAUGGAAACAUUUUUAAUAAAAAUCAUUCAGACAUACGAAAUGAUGAUUGUGAGGCACGGAUUUAUGUUGGUGGGUGAUCCUUUCUCCGGAAAAUCAAUGACUUUAAAGACAUUGGCUGAAGCGUUAACACUUAUGGAGGAAAGAAAGCAACCAGGUGGAUGUGCAUCUAUGUAUAAAGUACUAAACCCUAAAGCAGUGACAAUGGGGCAACUCUAUGGAGCUUUUGAUCCCAUUUCUUACGAGUGGACAGAUGGUAUAGUGGCGACUACAUUCAGGGAUUUCGCAUCUGACGAUACACCAGUAAGGAAGUGGAUAGUGUUUGAUGGGCCCGUAGAUGCAGUUUGGAUUGAAAAUAUGAACACAGUUUUAGAUGAUAAUAAAAAAUUAUGUUUAACGUCUGGAGAAGUAAUGGCAAUGUCAAACGUUAUGUCGAUGAUCUUUGAAGUAAUGGAUUUAUCACAAGCUUCUCCAGCUACGGUGUCUCGGUGUGGUAUGAUUUAUAUGGAAUCCUCUUCACUUGGCUUUAUGCCAUUUUACAAAUCGUGGGUAAAAACACUUAACCCAUAUUGGCUUGAAGAAAAUGAAGAGUUUAUUUUUGAUAUAUGUGAUUGGUUGUUUGAUCCAUUAAUUUAUUAUGUAAGAAAAUAUUGCUCGCAAUUGGUAACAGGUGGAGAAGUUAAUUUAGUAAUUAGCACACUUCGCCUUAUUGAAAUGUUAAUGGAUAAUGCUAUAGAAGGAGAAGAAGAUACAAGAUAUACUCGUACUUGGUAUUUAGCAUCAUGUAUGACCGCAUUCGUUUGGGGCGUUGGUGGUAUUUUAAAUACUGAUUCAAGAGAGAAGUUCGAUGAGGUGGUAAAAGAAUACUUUAGAGGAGAAAAGGGCAUUCCAGCUGAUAUGGACAGGCUCGAUGUGUCAGUUCCGGCAGAGGGCAUGCUUAUUGACCAUUACUAUAUGUAUAAAGGAAAAGGAUGUUGGAAACCUUGGGCCGAAGCUGUCAAAGCGGUGCAGGUCAAAGAACAAAUAAAUUUACUACAAACUGUAAUUCCUACAUUAGAGACAGAAAAAUAUAUUUUCCUUCUAAAAUUGCAUUCAAAAUUUCUAAAACCUAUAUUACUAAUUGGCCCAACUGGCACUGGGAAAAGCUUCUAUGUUCAGAAUUUUUUGAUGAAUAACUUAGAUAUGGAGAAAUACACACCUGGUUUUAUUACUUUCACUACUACAACUUCUGCUAAUCAAACACAAGACUUAGUCAUCUCAAAAUUGGUAAAAAGAAGAAAAAAUAAUUACGGUCCUACUAAAGGUAAACAGGCUAUCAUUUUCAUUGACGAUAUGAAUAUGCCUGCAAAGGAAGUAUACGGUGCUCAACCUGCAAUAGAAUUAUUAAGAUUAUAUUUCGACCAAAAACACUGGUAUGAUCUUAAAACUACGGAAAAGCUGUAUAUUUAUGAUACAUUAUUUUAUGGAGCUAUUGGGCCAGUCGGCGGAAGUCGCCAAUUAAUAUAUCCUCGCAUGUUACGACACUUCAACAUUUAUUCUAUCAAUGAAUUUUCCAGAGAAAGUAUGACAAAAAUAUUUAUGUCCUUAUUGCAAUUGGGAUGGAGGCGAAACGGUUUUGGACAAGACGCUCAGCCUGCAAUUGUGAAUAUAAUUGCUGCCACAAUGGAUAUAUAUGAUCAGGCUUCCGAGGGUUUAAGGCCUACACCGGCUAAGUCGCAUUAUAUUUUCAACUUGAGAGACAUUUCCCGAGUUAUUCAAGGCUGUGCAUUAUUAAGAAAAGAAUCUGCUGAUAACAAAAAGACUUUUGUGAGAAUAUGGGUUCAUGAGAUCAUGCGAGUGUUUUUUGACAGAUUAGUAGAUGAUGUUGACAGAACUUGGUUCUUUGAUAUUCUCAAAAAAUGUACAAGGGACUAUAUGAAAGAUACUUUCGAAUCAGCCUUAGAUACGUAUCAAAACGAAAAUGGUGAUGUUACCCAAGAGACCGUGCGUAGAAUGAUGUUUGGAUCCUAUUUAGAUACUGAGAGUUUAGAAGGUGAACGUCGUUAUGAAGAGAUUCCUACUAAAGAAGUGUUUUUAAACGUAGCAAUAUCAAUGUUGGCAGAAUAUAAUACGAUGCACAAAGCUAAAAUGACAAUUGUAUUAUUCGAUUACGCACUAGAACAUUUGUCAAAAAUUUGCCGCCUUUUAUCUAUGCCAUCAGGUAAUGCUUUAUUAGUAGGUGUCGGUGGUUCUGGGCGACAGUCACUGACUCGUUUGGCUAGCACUAUUUUGGGGCAAAAUGUCUUCCAACCAGAAAUUACCAAGGCAUAUAGCGUAAAAGAUUGGCAUGAUGAUAUUAAAUUAGUGUUACGUGAAUCUGGUGGUUUGAAUAAAGAUACAACUUUCUUAUUUACUGAAAGUCAAAUAAAAGAAGAAACUUUUAUCCAAAAUUUAGACAGUUUGUUGAAUUCUGGAGAAGUUCCUAAUUUGUACGGAUUAGACGAAAAACAAGAAAUACUCGAAUUAGUCAGGUUAGCCGCUCAAGGAGGUAACAGAAAUCUUGAUAUAGGUCCAUUGCAAAUUAUGUCUUUCUUCAUAGGGCGAUGUAAAGCUAAGCUACAUAUUGUCCUUUGCUUUAGCCCCAUCGGAAGUUCUUUCAGAACCAGACUAAGACUUUAUCCGUCCUUAGUUAAUUGCUGUACAAUUGAUUGGUACGAUAGUUGGCCGGAAGAUGCUUUAGAGAUGGUCGCUCAUUAUUAUAUGGUAAAAGUAAAUGUACCGGACUCUGUUAAAGCUUCUGCAGUUAUAGCAUGCAAGCAAUUUCAUGUAGAUGCGCGCAUUGUAUCUGCUAGCUUUUUUAGCCAAUAUGGACGUAAAACUUAUAUAACAUCGGCAUCCUAUCUCAAUUUGAUAAAAUCUUUUACAACAUUAACUAAUAAAAAACAAAGAGAAUUAAGGGCAGCUAAACUGAGAUAUACCAACGGUUUAGAUAAACUUGGUCAAGCAGCGGAUGCAGUGUCAAUAAUGCAGCGUGACUUGAAUGCACUCAAACCUCAGCUAAUGAUAAUGGCAGAAAAAUCUGCUAAAAUGAUGGCAGAAAUAGAAAGGGAAACGGCAAUAGCAGAUAAAGCUGCAGCUCAGGUCAGAGAGGAUCAAAAGAUUGCAAAUGUGCAAGCAGCUGCUGCCCAAGAACUAAAACAGGAUUGCGAAGCAGAUUUGGCACUCGCACUACCCAUUUUAGAAGAUGCUAUAGCGGCCUUGAAUACUUUGAAGCCAGCUGAUAUUACCAUUGUAAAAUCUAUGAAAAACCCUCCAGCAACUGUAAAGCUAGUAAUGGCGGCUGUAUGCGUAAUGAAAGGUAUUCCUCCUGAUAAAAUACCAGAUCCUGAUAACCCAGGAAAAAAGAUAUUUGAUUAUUGGGGACCUAGCAAAAGAGUUUUAGGAGAUAUGUCGUUUUUAGAAUCUUUGAGGAACUAUGAUAAAGAUAAUAUCCCAGUUGCUACAAUGCAAAAAAUAAGAAAAGAAUAUUUAUCGAAUAAAGAUUUUAAGCCACACAUUAUUGCAAAAGCCUCAGCAGCAGCGGAGGGGUUGUGUAAAUGGAUUAUAGCUAUGGACAUGUAUGAUGCGGUGGCAAAAGUUGUAGCGCCAAAAAAGGCCAAGUUAGAAGCAGCGGAAAGAGAAUUUUCAGAAACUAUGGCUAUAUUAGAAGAGAAAAAAGCUACAGUAGCUAGACUCGAAGCUAAACUUGCGGAAUUAAAUGAAUCAUUAGAAGAAGCUAAUAUCAAGAAAAAAGCAUUGGAGGAUGAAGUUCAAUUAUGUAUAGAUAAACUUUAUAGAGCUGAAAAACUCAUUGGAGGAUUAGGCGGCGAAAAAGUACGUUGGACUACUGCUGCAGAAAAUUUGCAACUUUUGUUUGAUAAUUUAGCAGGUGAUAUUUUAGUAUCGUGUGGUAUAAUUGCUUAUUUAUCUCCUUACACAUUACCAGUUAGAAUAGAUAUAAUUGAAAAAUGGUGUAAACUUGUUAUCAAAAUGAACAUGCCUCACUCUGAUGUAUUUGUAUUCAAAGAUAUUUUGGGUACGGACAUAAAAAUUCAAAAUUGGUGCAUAGCUGGAUUGCCCCGUGAUUCAUUUUCAAUCGACAAUGCUAUUAUCCAAGAUAGUUCCAUGAGGUGGUCAUUAUUGGUUGAUCCACAAGGACAGGCAAAUAAAUGGAUUAAAACUAUGGAAAAGGCAAACGACUUACAAGUUCUUAAAUUUACUGAUGGUAAUUAUAUGAAAGUAAUAGAAACAUGUUUGGAAUAUGGAAAACCUGCUUUAAUAGAUUGUAUUCUAGAAGAUGUAGAAGCACCUUUAGAUCCUGUUCUACUCAAGCAUACAUAUGUGCAGGGUGGCAAAGAAUACAUUGCUUUAGGUGAUAAUGUUAUUGAGUAUCAUCCAAAUUUUAGGCUGUAUAUGACUACGAAACUUAGAAACCCUCAUUAUUUGCCGGAAGUUUUCAACAAAGUGACAUUGAUAAAUUUUGCGUUGACUAAAGAUGGUUUAGAAGAUCAAUUAUUGGGGAUAGUUGUUGCAAAAGAGAGACCAGAUUUGCAAGAAAAACGAGAAAAACUAAUUGUUCAAGGUGCUGCUAAUCGAGCUGCUCUGAAACAGGUCGAGGACGAUAUUUUACGAACAUUACAAGAAUCGAAAGGCGAUAUUUUAGAAGACGAGACUGCCAUUGAAGUAUUAGAUUCUUCAAAAUUACUAGCUAUCGACAUAAUGAAAAAACAAGAAGCUAGUGUGGAAACGGAAAUAAUAAUAGAAAAAUUUAGACUUGGUUACAGGCCAAUAGCGUCUCAUUCAGCUGUACUGUAUUACUGUGUUACUGAAUUACCAAAUGUAGACCCAAUGUAUCAAUACUCAUUAACUUGGUUUAUAAAUCUAUAUAUAAUAUCAAUUGAAAAUGCAAACAAAUCAAAAGAUUUAGACAAAAGAUUAAAAUUUCUGAAAGACACUUUUACUUAUAACUUGUAUAGCAAUGUUUGUCGUUCACUGUUCGAUAAAGAUAAACUCAUGUUUUCAUUUAUUAUGUGUUCUAAAAUGAUGUUGUCUACUGGUGAAAUGACACAAGAAGAGUACUUGUUCCUUAUCACCGGAGGUAUAGCUGUUGAAAACACCUUGAAAAAACCUGUGGAAUGGUUGCCUGAUAAAAAUUGGGAUGAAAUAUGUCGGUUGAAUGAUUUGCCUGCCUAUGCUGGAUUUAGAGACAGUUUUGUCAAAGAUGUUGUAAAAUGGCAAGAGGUUUAUGAUGAUAUUGAACCCCACACAAAACCAAUUCCCGGAGUGUGGGAAGAAAAACUAAGCAUUUUCCAAAAAUUGUUGGUAAUAAGAAUUUUGAGACCUGACAAACUGACAAUCGCAAUUUCAGAUUUUGUUGAAAAGCAGUUAGGCCGUAAAUAUAUUACUCCACCUCCGUUCGACAUCAGCAAAUCAUUCGGAGAUUCAAAUUGCCUUGCUCCUCUGAUCUUUAUUUUAUCUCCUGGGUCGGAUCCAAUGGGCGCGCUAAUUAAAUAUUGUGAAAGAAUGGGUUACUCACAUAGAUUUAAUUCUAUAUCUUUAGGCCAAGGUCAAGGGCCUAUAGCAAGGGCUAUGAUAGAAAGAGCUCAACUAGAAGGAGGAUGGGUAUGUUUACAAAACUGUCAUUUAGCCGUUUCAUGGCUACCAGUACUGGAAAAAAUUGUUGAAGGCUUUGACCUUACCAAUACCGACCUCAGUUUUAGGCUGUGGUUAACAAGCUAUCCUUCCGAUAAAUUUCCACAGUCCGUAUUGCAAGUUGCUGUAAAAAUGACAAACGAACCACCGACAGGUCUGCAACAUAAUCUUAACAGAUCUUAUAUCUCUGAACCGGUAAAAGAGCCUGAAUUCUAUGAGGGAUGUCCCGACAAGGAUAAACCGUUUAGUAAACUCUUAUACGGCAUAAGCUUCUUUCAUGCUGUCGUACAAGAAAGAAAAAAAUUUGGUCCUCUAGGUUGGAAUAUUCAGUAUGGAUUCAACGAUUCAGACUUUCAAAUAUCCGUUAUGCAAUUACAAAUGUUUCUUAAUCAAUAUGAAGAAAUACAGUAUGUCGCAAUAAAAUAUUUGACUGGAGAGUGCAACUAUGGUGGUCGAGUAACAGAUGAUUGGGAUAGAAGACUGAUUGUUACAAUUCUGGAUAACUAUGUUAAUCCAGGAGUGGUAAAUGAUCCUAAUUACUUAUUUUGUGAUAUUGGUCCUCAAUACGGAUUACCAAGAAGAUGUGAAUAUCAAGACUAUCUCAAACAUAUAGAGAGUGUCCCUGUCAACCCGCCGCCUGAAGUUUAUGGAUUACAUAUGAAUGCAGGCAUCACUCGGGAUUACACUAUAUCCAUGAAUCUUGCUGCUUCAUUAGUUCUUGUUGAGGGAACUGGAAGCGGUGGUGAAGGAGGUAACACUGAAGUUAUUCUUGUACAAAUGGCUGCCGAAAUUCUGUCGAAAUUACCGAAAAGAUUUGAUAUAGAGGAGGCACAAAAGAAGUAUCCUGUUGAUUACAACGAAUCUAUGAACACUGUUCUAGUGCAAGAAAUGGAACGAUUUAACAAACUACUAAAUGAAAUUAGAAAUUCUUUGUUAGAUCUACAAAAAGCAGUAAAAGGUUUAAUCGUUAUGUCACCGGCUUUGGAUUUGCAAUCAACUAACAUGCUUCUCGGUAGAAUUCCUGACAAUUGGAAGAAAGUAUCUUAUCCCAGUUUAAAGCCAUUACCUAGUUAUGUGACGGAUUUUGUAGAACGUUUGGCAAUGUUAGAAGAUUGGUACCAGAAUGGGAAACCUCCAACAUUUUGGCUAUCUGGAUUCUUCUUCACACAAGCUUUUCUUACGGGUUCUGUGCAAAAUUUUGCAAGAGCAAAAAAGAUCCCCAUAGACUUGCUUAUUUUUGAUUUUGACGUACGUAAAGUGGAUUACGAGACGGUACCUCCCGAAUGGGGCGUCUAUGUUCAAGGUUUGUUUAUGGACGGUGGACGUUGGGAUCGUGGUACACAUGCUAUUGGAGAACAGCUGCCUAAGAUUUUGAAUGACAACAUGCCAGCAAUGUGGCUAUAUCCAAAACUGAAGAACGAAUUUGAGGAAGGCACUCGAUACAGAUGUCCCUUGUACAAGACAUUGGAAAGAAAAGGUGUGCUUGCUACUACUGGCCAUUCAUCCAAUUUCGUAUUAGCUUUUUAUUUGCCUUCAGAUAAACCGUCUGCUCAUUGGAUCAAAAGAAGUGUAGCAUUAUUGUUGCAGCUCGAUAACUGAACAAUAAUAAUUAUAAAUAACGAAGUAAAUCCGACUGGGGGCGAUGUUUUGUAGUAGUAUAUAUUGUGUACCCUCUCGAAUAGACUAAGAAUUGGCGGAUAUUAAGAAAGCCUUAAACCGACAAGUCUGUAUGAAAAAAUCUAUACUAAUAUUAUAAUGGUGAAGAGUUUGUUUGUUUGUUUUUACGCGCUAAUCUCAGGAAAUACUGGUUCGAAUUGAAAAAUUAUUUGUGUUGAAUAGACUAUAUAUCGAGGAAGGCUUUAGGCUAUAUAAUAUCACGCUGCAACUUUUAGGAGCGAAGAAAUAAUGGAAAAUGUGAAAAAAUCGGGGAAAAUUAUUCAUCCGUGAGGGCUUCAAAGAUGCCCAAAAUAACUAUUCCACGCGGACGAAGACGCGGGCACAGCUAGUUAUGAAUAAAGUAAAAGAAGUAUGCAGGUGGAAUGAUCGUAGGUCGUAAAAUGUAUUAUUUUCCAAUUGAAAAUUAUUAAAUCCUCACUAAAACAUUAUGGUUCACACAGAGAAAGUGUUCUUCUUUUGCGAAUUGAAUGAUUAAAGCGUGACAAACUAACUUUUAUCCAAAUUUUGCCAUCCUUUUUUUAUUCACUGUGAUCAUAUUAGGCAAUAUGCAUGCAUACUACUGUAUUUUAAAAGCCCUGAA